UAAAUAUUUCUCUCAAUAUCGGUACUUUGCAAUAAAGCUAGUUUUCGUUAGUAUUUUGUUCGUACAAGUGUUUUCGUUUGUCCCAGCAUGAUCAUGGUGUUCACUACAGUCUGGAAAAAAUCUGCACGGAUAUCAGAACUGAGAUAUGCAGCCAAAGUUGUACAACAAACGAGACCAUUCUGGGCCUGGCUUAAUUCCGUGUUUAACAAGGUAGAUGAAGAACGUGUCAAGGAAGUUGGGCCUGAUCGUGCCUGUGCAGAAUGGCUUCUACGUAGUGGAGCAAGGGUAAAAUGGAUGGGCAUGGAAUACUGGCACACAGACUACAACUCUCUCCCUCCAAGCAAUUUUGACCGAUACAAGAUAGAGGAGAUUGAUGCCACUGGUUCAUCUAUCAUGGGAAUUGGGUUUCCACAUCUCAAGGGACUGAGGCAUGUGCGAAGAAUAAUUUUGCAUGACUGCAGAUAUCUGUAUGAUGAUGCUUUGGAGUACUUGCCUCUAGUUAAGGAUACUCUACAGUACUUGCAGCUCAGCAACUGUGGAGAUAUCACAAACAGAGGUCUUGUUCCACUCACACAGCUCAGCAAUCUGAAACAGCUUAUUUUAUUUCAACUUCCGGAGGUAAGAAACAGACAAGAAGCAGAAUGGAUGCUACAGAAAGCCUGCCCAAUUGUGAAGUGAGUUUCUCAGAACAUCGACCUAUCCCAGAAGAACACAAAUCUUAAAAAUAUUUGUGUAUAGUCAUGCUUAUCUGGAAAUCAUGACUUAGGGGACUGAAAUAGCAUGCAUUUUUGCCUAUAUCAGCAGGUCAAGCUUCUAUGUCUAAGGGGUUUGACUGAACCUCACGCAUAAGAUGGAACUAAUUUUGCAAUAUUUUUGUAUGAAUACCACAGAAAUUUUUUUAAAUUGCCUUACUAAUUGUACAUCAUGUUUGCUGAACUGGAACAGGAUAGCUGCUCAUGCUUAUUGAUAUGGCUCCAUGGAUAGAGAAAUAGAUAAAAAUGUUUUUCUAAAACAAUGAAAUAUAUGUUGUACUAAUGAUUGAGCAAAAAUGUGAAAUAAAACAUUUUUUGUUCAAACGUG